AUGAUUAGAUAUUCAAGAGCAUUCAUUAGGGCUCCUUUGAGGGUUACACCCAAUGCUACGUCCUUGCCUUUAUUGAGAAGGUAUAACAACACUAAAGCACAACCUGAUGCUGAUACACCAGUUGAGACGAAACCAAUUGAACCAGCACCAGUUGAGACCGAACCAGUUGAGCCAGCACCAGUUGAAUCGAAAGUAGAAGACAAACAGAGCAUCUCAGAAAAGGAUCAACGUGAAAAAGAACUUGCUGAAAUGAUUGCCAGAGAAGAAAUUGCUGCCGCAAAAGCAAAGCAAUUGAGGAUGUGGCAACAAGAAAGUAUUGAAUUAAUUUCAACUUUAAAUAAAACUCCAUCCGCUUUGCUUGAACAAAGGUUACAAAAAUUACAAGAGAAUUUAGAAAAAUUACCUAAAAAGAAGGUCAAACAAUUAGAUCAAGAAUUAGAAGAAUUCAUGAUGUCUAAAUUGAUAUUGCCAACUGGAGAAGCAGCCAGAAGACCAUGGAUUAAACAAGAAUCUACUGAAGGAGAUUCAAAUGGAAUUUCAGAUGCACAGGUAACUACCCAAACAACACAAGCUUCAGGGUUUGCUCACGUAAAAGCAACCCCAGAAUAUAAACCAUUUUCGGAACAAGAAUUAUACAUUAGACAAUUGCAUCAUGCUAGAGUUUCUGGGAAGUUAGGGUCAUACGUAACAAACCCAAACAAGAAGUCCCCAAGGAGAAAUGAUCCUACUCUUGAAAAUUUAAUGGCUGCUGGAUGUCAUUUAGGUCAUUCCACUGCUAGUUGGAGACCUUCUACCCAACCAUACAUCUAUGGUAAAUAUAAGGGUGUCCAUAUCAUUGAUUUAAACAAGACAAUACCUAUGUUGAAACGUGCAUGUGAUGUCAUUGAAGGUAUUUCCAGAAAAGGUGGUAUCAUCUUGUAUGUUGGUACUAUGAAGAAUGAUUUUUUGAAACGUCAAAUAGAAAAUCUUGCCUAUGAGACCAAGGCAUACUAUGUAACAAAAAGAUGGAUUCCAGGUAUGAUCACUAAUCAUAGUGAAGUUAUUAAGCAAAUUUCCGCUCCUUCUAAAAUGACAGUUGAUAUGGGUGAUAAAGCAAUCUUUGCCAAACAUCAUGAAUCUCCACAAGUUCUCAAACCCGACUUAGUAGUUUUAUUGAAUCCAGUUGAUAAUAGAAACUGUGUUAAAGAAUGUAUUGCUACUAAUAUCCCUACCAUUGGUUUAUGUGAUACUGAUAUGGAACCUUCUUUGUUAACUUAUCCUAUUCCAGCUAACGAUGAUGGGGUCAGAUCAGUUAGUUUGAUGUUGAAGAUUUUCUCCAAGGCUGCAGAAGAAGGACGUAAGGCAAGACUCGAGGCAUUCGAUGUAUAUAAAGAAGCUCUUGAGGAAUUUCACAAACGAGAAAAACUUCCUGAACAACAAGGAACUGAGCAAAGAAGGGUAGAACACAACCAAGCUCCUCAGCUCGAGUAA